AUGCAGAAGCUAGGGUUUCCGGCGAUGAAGAGCUUGGAUCAGAUCCGUUCGUUGUCUGGAUCGGCGAAGAAUUUCUCCUACUCCUCGCGUCCACCUCAGGAUUCCGUCUCUUCCGGCAAUUUCUCGAAUCUGAAGUUUACUGCAGAAAAAUUGGUGAAGGAGCAGGCGUCUAUGAAAUCCGAUCUCGAACUGGCGGAUCGUGUGUUUUGGUUUCCGUUCUGCGGUUUAGUUUUCACCGGAAUGUGCAGGAAAACGCAGAUCUCUCUGCUUAGUUUUGCGAGUCUUUGA